AACAGUAACUAUUGAGUACCAUACUUUGACGCAACAGGAUGGCGGUACCAACUAUUACAUUGAAUAAUGGAUAUAAAAUUCCUGUACUAGGACUUGGUACUUGGCAAUCUGCAGAUAAUCCAGGUGUCGUCGAACAAGCUGUACGAGAUGCUGUUGAUGCUGGAUACCGACAUUUUGAUUGUGCUUACAUUUAUAGAAAUGAAAAAGAAGUAGGCAAAGCUCUACGUGAUAAAAUUGCGGAAGGUGUAGUAAAGAGAGAAGAUCUAUUUAUCACAACAAAGUUAUGGAAUACAACACAUAGAAAAGAACAAGUAGUACCAGCAUGUAAGACAUCGCUUAAAAAUUUUGGAUUCGAUUAUGUUGAUCUUUAUCUUAUCCAUUGGCCCAUGUCUUAUAAUGAAGUAAAGGAAAAAGAUGGUUUUUGGCCCAAAACUAAAGAUCCUCUGUAUGAGAAUGUGGAUUAUUGUGACACAUGGCAAGGAAUGGAAGAAUGUGUAAAAUUGGGAUUAACGAAAAGCAUAGGCCUUAGUAAUUUUAAUUCCCAACAGAUCGAUCGUAUUUUAUCAAGUGCCCAAAUCAAACCUGUCAUGAAUCAAAUAGAAUGCCAUCCAAAUUUAAAUCAAAAAAAGCUUCGAGAUUUUUGCAAACAACGUGAUAUAGUUAUUACGGCUUACAGUCCACUUGGUUCCCCUAAACGUAGUUGGGCGAAACCUACUGAUCCACAAGUAGCAAUCGAAGCAUCAGAAAUUCUCGAGAUUAGCAAAAAAUAUGAAAAAACGCCAGCACAAGUUGUUUUACGAUAUUUGAUCGAUAUUGGUACUGUUCCUAUUCCGAAAUCUAGUUCAAAAGAGCGUAUUAAACAAAAUAUCGACAUUUUUGAUUUCAAACUAUUGCCACAAGAAAUUGCAACUAUUGAUAAACUUGACUGUGGACUUCGUAUUUGUCCUGCUAAAGAAAUGAUGGCUCAAAUACCCAUUCUUACAUUUUCUAAUGGAUACAAGAUGCCUGCAUUUGGUCUUGGUACUUAUCAGUCACGUCCUGGAGAAGUAGAAAAUGCUGUAAAAGAAGCAAUAAACUUAGGAUAUCGUCAUAUAGAUACAGCAUAUUUUUAUCAAAAUGAGAAAGAAAUCGGUGAAGCGAUUCAAACGAAAAUUAAAGAUGGAACUGUGAAAAGAGAAGAUCUUUUCAUUACAACUAAACUUUGGAAUAAUUUUCACAAACAAGAAAGUGUAGUCCCAAUAUGUAAAAAAUCGUUAGAAAAUCUUGGAUUAAGUUACGUAGAUCUCUAUUUAGUCCAUUGGCCAUUUGCCUUCAAGGAAGGUGAUGAUUUGUUACCCAGAGAUGAAAAUGGUACUCUUUUAUUAUCAGAUACUGAUUAUCUUGAAACUUGGAAAGGAAUGGAAGAAUGCGUGCAAUUAGGAUUGACUCGUAGUAUCGGAAUUAGUAAUUUCAAUCAAGAACAAAUCACUCGCUUGCUUAGUGCAGCCAAAAUUUUACCUGUAAAUAAUCAGGUUGAAGUCAGCAUAAAUAUUAAUCAAACGCCAUUAAUAGAAUUUUGUAAAAAGCAUAAUAUUACAAUAACUGGUUAUUCACCAUUGGGACAACCUGGAAAUAGGUCAGGUUUACCAACUUCCUUAGAUCAUCCAAAAGUAAUAGAACUUUCGAAAAAAUAUAACAAAACAUCAGCACAAAUUGUUUUAAGAUAUAUUUUACAACAAGGAAUCGCUAUUAUUCCGAAAUCUGUAACACCGAGUCGAUUAAAAGAAAAUAUCAAUAUAUUUGAUUUUUCUUUGACGAGUGAGGAAAUGGCAUCUAUAGCUACAAUUGCAACUGGUCAACGUGUUGCACGAUUUGCAGAUGCGAAGCAGCACAAGUAUUAUCCAUUUGAGAAAUAAAAAUUUCAUUGCAACUAAGUAAAAUGACAGGAAACAGCUCGUCAAAUUCAGUAGGUAUAUAUUAAUAGUAAGGUAUAUCCCCUUUGAACUUAUAUAAUCCCACGCUGUAAUUCGGCACUUGUUUGACCCUUAUGUAGUCAAUUAGAUUUAUUGAAUGCCAUGGAAAAUUUUGAUGCUCCAUAUAAUAUGAGAUCAUGCAACGUAACAAAGCGGACACCAUCAUGGACAAGGUUAAUUGCAUUCAACUAAUGUUAACAUUGAUUACUAGAUGUAUACAUUGCGAAUAAAUAAAAUUAUAUUAAAAACAAAAAAAUUUAUUAAAAGCAA